CUCCUGUUACCGGAUGCUGGACCAGGAGACAUCUCUCCCUGCUAAGAACGUCUGAAAGCCUGAAAUUGAUCGUAAAUUUACUAUGUAGGAGUAGCGACAUGUUUUAUUCACACGCUUGACUUACUAGUCAACGUUACGUUUUGAAAUCACUACGUUAAAUCUUCGGAAUACGCUUUAGCUACUAAGCUAGCAUCAGCAUCAACAGUGGUGAAUAUGGCGGCAGUUGACAGCUUUCAGUUUUUGUACAGAGAAAUUUCUCGGUCGUGCAGUGUUUAUUUUGAAACCCUGGCCCUGGUCGGUGCUCUUUACACGGCCAGCAGAGCAGUAAUCCUGCUGAGAGACUGCUGCACGUUGAUCAGGGUGCAUUUCCUGCCAAGAAUGAUCCCAAGUAAGAAGCUGACCCAAAGAUUUGGUGACUGGGCUGUUAUUUAUGGUGCAUCAGAGCCUGUGGCCCAAGCCUAUGCGGAGGAGUUGGCCAGGCACGGUAUCAGUAUUAUUUUUGUCACUCAGGACCACACCUCUGUUAGAGACAUCGCUGCGUCCCUCUCCCAGAGCUACGGAGUGGAAACUGUUGUUGUCCUAGCUGACUUCUCUCUGGACCAGGCAGCCAGUAAGCCCAUCAAAGAAGCCAUGAGGGGUAAAGAUAUUGGCUUCCUGGUGAACUGUGUGGGAGUGUCUUUGGCUUACCCUCAGAGCCUGAUUGAAAUGCCUGAGCAGGGCCUGUUGGAUUUGGUGAACAAGAACGUUGCCGUCGCUACUCUGAUGACCCGGUUGGUGCUGCCAGGGAUGGUGGAGCGUAGCAGAGGAGCUGUGGUCAAUAUAUCAUUGGGUGCUUGCUGCAGACCCAUGCCUGGAAGAGUGACACUCACCGCCUUCACUGGCUACCUGGAUAAUUUCUCAAGAGCUCUUCACCUUGAGUACAGCAGCAAAGGGAUCUUUGUCCAAAGUCUGAUUCCUUUUCAGAUAGCCUCAAGUGGACGACAGCCAUCAUCAAGAGAUGGCUGGUUUGUACCGAGGCCAGAGGUUUAUUCUCGCCACGCCAUCUCCACCCUCGGCAUCUCUAAUAGGACCACCGGCUACUGGCCCCAUACACUGCAGUAUGGACUCAUGAGAUGUAUUCCAGAGUGGAUGUGGGUUUUCGGAUCACGUGUGCUCAUCAGUUCAAGUUAGGAGCUCACUUCUCCUCCCUUCACUUAAGACUUAACCUACUUACUAGAUCUUCUUGUUACUGAAGUGAAUGUAGAGUUUUGAUUUCCUCAGCCAUUAUUAGUUUAAAUUUCUUAUGAUCUGUUGAGGUUUUGUAGUUAAGAGAUUUUCCUCUAUUGAUUUUGUAUCAGUUUCUAGGGAAGUUGCAGUUAGAUCCUAACUUAACUAAAGAAACCAGACUACAUGAUGAUACAUGUCUUAAUGGUGAAUAGACAUGAGGUUGGAAACUGGGUUUGACUUUGAGUUUAGAUUGUAAACUUGCUUAUGAUUAUUGGAGCAAUAACAAGCUGACAUCAUUUGGUUUGGUGCUUGGCCAUUUCAACCCUUUAAACUACUAUGAGGUAAGGUAAUAAUUUCAAAUCGGCGGGCAGGUGAGACGUUAUAUAAGAAGAAAGUAAUAAUAAAGCAAUCUACUACCAUAAAAUAAACAAAAUCAUAAUAGAUAGAAGAAAUAACACAUUCAAUAACAGACACAUCCGAUUUUGGGUAAUACAUUCUGACAUUAAGUGGCACAGACCUCUUUCUGCGUUAACCUUUAUCCUGUAAUCUAAUUCUAUCCUAAAGGUUUUUGGGGUUUGUAUGCUGUGAUAGUCACUGUGGGUUUUUUUUAAAAGGACUUGUGUGCUGACGUUUGACUUUCCAGUUCUUUCUGGUUAUACCUGCUUUGUACCAGCGCUGACCACACCCAUGCCAAACACAUACAAAGAACAAAUGGUAGUCACCCCAAAAACCAAACCCAACAUCAUUCAAAAUGAAAGAGGCAGACUGAUAUCAUAAUCUAGAUUAAGUCCUCAAAAUAUAAUAUUAUGCAACAGUAAUUUAAGUUUAAAUAAAGAUCUAAGAAACAUGAUAAUUGAAGGUGAAACAGCCAUUUUUAGCUCCAACUCUAAAUUGUGACCAAAGCAAAUGUAAAUCUAAAUAUAUUCUUGUAAUGUGAAUAUGCCUUUUAGCUUAUUUGGCUUCUUGGUCUGAUCAAAGACCAGAGUGUUGAAAGCAAAUAAGUGCGUGGGGGUGAAUGGGGAACGAUAGCUUUAGGUGGAGGUGGUGUCUUGAAUAUGAAAUGCACUGAAGAGUGAGACUGUAAGAUUGUGUAAGAAACUAUAUUUGAGCUAAGUUUAGUAUAAGUGGAUAUUGCUCUAAAAUAAGUAUUUAUAUUGUGAGUAAUUUGAACAUAUUCAGGUAUAUUGUGUUGAGUGAUUACUUACACACACAGUAUAGAAUUUACAAAUGUUGACUUAUAUGUGUCAUCAUAGCACAAAUACAAUAAAGAUUUCUCCAUUCUCA